ACCAACUGCCCAUGUGCGUAAAUUACCAGUGGAGCUCUGCAUUACCAUACCGUACUUGACUCACAAACUGAACAAACGUCGAUUUUAUAUCUCGCCCCGCCAUCUUUUGUUCCCCUCCGAUAUUCAAGGGCAAUUCCGGUCAAUUCUGUACAUUCAGAAAUCAUGGCCGCCGCCGCUGCUUCCGCAGCUGCGCUCGAUCCGAGCAACAGCACAAAGAACACCCUCAAACUUGAAAACACCGAGAAGCGUGACACCUUGAUCGCCAUCGAGAAGAAGUACCAGGCACAAUGGAAGGAGAACAAGGUCUUCGAAGUCGAUGCGCCCUCGUUCGAGGAAGCGCCCCAGGGCUCCAUGACCCCCGCCGAGCUCCGUGAGAAGUACCCCAAGUUCUUCGGUACUAUGGCCUACCCCUACAUGAACGGUACCUUGCAUGCCGGCCACAGUUUCACUGCCAGCAAGGUGGAAUUCAUGGCUGGUUUCGCCCGCAUGGAGGGCAAGCGUGCCCUGUUCCCUCUGGGUUUCCACUGCACUGGUAUGCCCAUCAAGGCCUGUGCCGAUAAGCUCGCCAACGAGGUGAAGAAGUUCGGUCAGAACUUUGAAGGAUACGACGAGGAGGCAGAGAGUGCUGAGGCCGAGGGCAGCGCCCCGGCCCCCACACAAGAGGUCAAUGUCAAGGCUGAGGCCGAGAAGUUCUCCGGCAAGAAGAGCAAGGCCGCCGCGAAAAGCGUCAAGAUGAAUUCGCCGAUGCUGCGCACUGGCUGGACCACUUCCCCCUCUGGCCAUCCGUGA